GUCAGUGGGAUCCCAUCCGACGGUACUCCCAUCGAACCUUACACCCCUACCGUAUCCGGCGUCCAGCUCGUCUUGGUGUUUGGCCAUCGAAGUCGCUUCGACCCAGAACCGUCUGUGCGGAUUUUCCCGAACUCUACCAGCAGGAAAACCGGUCAAGGUCGCAGCCUUGCGCUUAUCUUGUCAAUCUGUACCUGGAGAGCAUCUGUCAACGGUCGACCGUAGGCAAUCACUAGCACACGCAUCGGCCUAAGCGCCGCCCGCACUGUCUUUGGGCUGUCAAACAGUCCCUAUAGCGCCUAGGACGGCUACACAAAUCUUCCCGACACGGCGAAUCUCGAUCUUUCUCCUGAACGAACCCGAAAUUGUCAAUACCCCAUAAGUGUGCUGCGUCGUAUCAAGACGAAUACACGUCCCUCGAGGCCCUCUUGGUCGAUAUCGAAGCCCAUGGGACGGGCUUCCCUGACGUCGACUCACGAGUAGCGCGGAACGUGCACUCUUGAGCCUCAGGGGGGAAAUAGUUUUGAACAUCGAAACUUCACCGGGCUCCAACAUGGCCAUCAGCGACAGCACUAGUGCGCCAGGAAAUCCACACGAUCGAGAAGCCGCAGCACAAGGCCGGACUGCCCUUCCAACCAGACCAACGAUUCCAACCAAGAGCCUAAGCGCAACAAGCUCAUCCCACGGUCGAUGCUCACCUCCGUCACAGGAGGGAGACGUUAUGGAGACAAGUUUGCACAGAUCACCUUCCUCGGGCAGGGAUCAAAAGAGUGCGCAAAGUUCAGGGUUGGCUCACCCGCCAAGCCCGGCAUCACUGGCCAACGAUGCCGCGUCUGAUGCCGGAACGGAUGUCAUGUCCGUGGCCAGCAAUCAGACACCGUCCGGGCAGGUUUGCAGCAAUUGUGGAACCACUCAGACACCGCUGUGGAGGAGGUCACCACAAGGAGCGACCAUAUGCAACGCAUGCGGCUUGUACCUGAAGGCGCGAAACGCUGCGAGGCCUACAAACCUGAAGCGGCCGCUCAAUGUCGUCGCAAGUGGGACACCAAGGGCUGCGGAUAAAUCUGCCGGAAAGGGGGCCCAGCCAGGCUCCUCCAACGUUACCGGGGCGACGUAUGUCACGGCGGAACACACACCCAGCGGCAGCUGCCCCGGUGGAGGCCGAUGCAAUGGUACUGGCGGGGCUGAGGGGUGCAGCGGCUGUCCUGCAUACAACAACAGGAUAGCAAAGAGUGCCAGCUUGAAUGUCGCUUCCGGCUCGUGCGCAAGCCAGCAGGCUACUGAGGAUCCAAACGCGGUCGAUAUGACGGCUCUGCGAAUCCAGACCCAAAACACCACCGUAGUGAUUGCGUGCCAGAACUGUGGAACAACCAUCACGCCUCUUUGGCGACGUGACGAAGCUGGCCAUACGAUAUGCAACGCAUGUGGGCUUUACUACAAGCUCCACGGCGUUCAUCGACCAGUCACGAUGAAGAAAGCUGUAAUCAAACGGAGGAAGAGAGUCCUACCGGCAUCGCAACAGGGCUCACCGGCCCCAGUGGAUGGUGCUAGCCCUAGUCGGGAAGAUGGCGCGUCGCCUUCACCUCAACCAGAAACACCACUCGAGCGCGGAUCAAUCAACGCAGAUGGGUCCGUCAACCUGGGUUUGCGACGCCGCGCGAAUGACAACAUGCAGCUGGUACCAGAGAGCGUCUUGCGACAAAAUACACAACAUUCAGGCGCACCUAGAGGUGACCUCGCGCAGUACCACGUCACGAGCUCUCGGCCUUCGGAACACCGACUACCUCCGCUCAACCCAGUACCAAGCCCGGUCGACAGGCAGCCGUCGUUGUCUCCCGGCUCUUUUAUAGGCUCGUCUAACCGCAAACGAUCUUUGUCUGCGGCCGAAGAAGGCGCCCAAGCGCAAGGUGGUGGGGAUGACUCUGGCUCCUCGAAACGUCUCUCGUCGAUCAACUCGUUAUUGAGCGGCCCGCUAUCCACGGGUGAUGAACUGCCACCAAUGGACCAGUCGAGGAGAAUGAUGCCGAUAGCCGCCAUGACAACCCCACAGAGCGAAGGUGGCUACACAGGGGAACGCGACAAGGCCGGCCGGAGGGCUGAGCUCGAACGGGAGGCGGAAAGAAUGAGACAGAUGCUUGCGGCCAAGGAGCGCGAGCUAGCAGAACUCCAGUAAGACGGUUGUGGCAUAUCUCAGCGGGCGCUUCAAAGUGAGGGAGUCUCGCGGCUUUUGGUUUUUUUUUUUUUUUUUUUUUUUUU